AUGCCCAAUUGCGCUUUUUACAAUUGUUUUCACAGUAGGCGGUACAAAAACGUGAGUUUGUUUCAAAUUCCAGUUCCUCGUAAUUCAGACAGCGAAUUUACUUUUCAUCGUAAGGAAGAAGCACGAAACGGUUGGAUUAACGCGAUAUUACGAACGAGACAGUUGGACGCGAACUUGAAGACACAGAUCGAAAACAACAAUAUACAUAUUUGUGAGAGUCAUUUUAAAGAGGAGUACAUUGAAAACUUUUCCAAAAGGAAGUCCCUCCAAACUGGUUCAAUUCCAACAGAAAAUCUCCCCGUCAAAAGCUUCGAUCAUCUUAGCACAAGCUUCACUAGUGCGCCGAGAAAAGAACCAGCUCCAAGGCAUGUUUCUCAAGAAACUACAAUUAUAUAUGCCUCUCUUGAUAAGUUCGAUGCAUAUUUGAAAAAAGCUGGAAGGUAUCCAUAUUUUCAAGGUUGGAAUUGGUUCAAAGAAGGGAAUAACACUGUUAUUGAGUUUAAAGAAAGUGAGUACUUGAUUGCAAAGAUUUCUGUACGUGUCGAAUCUACUCUUAAUUAUACUGUUCUUGUUUAUGGCUGGGCAUUGCCCAAUGAUCAUCCCAUAUACGUUUCAAACGAGCGUUCUUUGCAGUGCUGUAAUUUUAAGACGCUUUGUAACGAAAUUGUAUCUCUGGGUAUUUGCAAAGGAACUCUAUUUCCCCUGAAGUCAAGCAAAUCAGUGAAAACACAACUUGUUCCCCUGUUACCAAAUGACUCUUCUCCACAAUAUCGUACAGUUGAAUACUGUCGUGCGCUUUCAUGUCGUGUUCUGGUUUCAUCCAUACUAAGUGACAGUAAACAAUUGCAAUGUGAAUCGUGCAGUCGAGAAUCAAACAGCAAUGUAGGUAACUUCAAUGUGGCUUCUGUUAAGUGUAAAACACCGCUGUCAUGCCUUUCCAAAGAACAACUAAUUGCAACUGUAAAAGACACAAGGGUGAAUUUGAAAGAAGCCAAGCUGAAGUGUGCACAACUCGAAAGGAGAGUACAACGAAUGGAAAAUGAGAUCAAACAUCAUGGUAUUAGAAUAGAAACUGGUUUGGAGAAAGAACUUACAAGUAUCAUCACUAACACAUCAUUAGAAGCAACUCCACACAUGAAACUUGUAUGGGAACAACAGAAGAAAGCACUGAAUCAACAAUCAAACUUUGGUAACAGGUGGCAUCCACAUUUUAUACGGUUCUGUUUGUCUAUUUAUUCAAAGUCGCCUAUUGUUUACCAAGAAUUGAGAGAUUCUGGAACAAUGCAGUUACCUAGUUCCAGAACUUUGAGAUCCUACAGAAACAACUUUAAACCAGGAGCAGGGUACUUGCCUGAGAACAUCAAGUCAUUGAUUUCCAGAACAAAGGGUUUCCUGGAUAAAGACAGGUGGAUUGUUGUCAUGUUUGAUGAGAUGAAGAUUAAAUGUAAUUUAGUGUUUGAUAAACAUUCUGGACGCCUGAUUGGAUUUGUGGAUCUCGGUGAUCCAGAUAUCAACUAUUCAACAUUUGAUAAAAUUGAACCAGCUACCCAUGUACUUGCUUUCUAUGUCAGGGGAAUAAACACUAAGUUGCAGUUUAUGCUUGGUUACUUUUUCACCCGAGAUGUGGUCUCCUAUCAAUUAAUGCCACUUUUUUGGCGUGGUGUUGCUAUAUUACAACUUAAAGAAAAUUUGAAUGUUAUUUGUGCAGUCAGUGAUGGGGCUUCACCAAACCGCAAAUUUUAUCAACUCCACAUUUAUAUUGGUGAAAAACUUAACAACCAGAAAGUUGUGUAUAAAACAAAAAACCUCUUUGCCCCGGGAAAGUGGAUUUGGUUUUUUGCUGAUGCUCCACAUCUAUUAAAAACGGCUAGAAACUGCUUGCUUAAUUCUGGUUCUGGUUUGAAAUCAAGGUGCAUGUGGAACAAUGAUCAAUUUUUAUUGUGGAACUAUAUAUCAGAUUUAUAUUAUUCUGAUCUGGAACUGGGGCUACACCAACUUCCUAAGCUAACAAUUGAACAUAUCAUGUUAACGUCUUAUUCAAAGAUGAGAGUAAAUCUUGCUGCCCAGGUAAUUUCUACAUUUGUUUAUAUUUUUAAAAUAGUAUAGAUUUAAAUCAUACCAGGAAAGAAAGUGCCUUGGCUUCUUAACAAUUCGUUUUCAAACUAAUACGUCUCCUGUCCUCAUGAACAUCUUGUCUAUAUUUUCAAGGGCAAGUCACAAAUGGGUCGAAAACAACAAUCCAUUUUAGAAAUAACAGAUAUAUUUCUUCUCCAGUUUGUUCUCAUGUUGUCAAAACAAGCAACUUUACGUGCUAACGUGAUUGGACAAUCUUUGUUUCAAAACCGGAAGUGA